AUGGCAAGACCUGGCCGCGCAGCCAAGGAUGGAAGGGCUAUGUAUACAGUCGUUGCCGUUGGUCUGGGUCUGCUGGGCGUCGUCUUCGUUUCGUAUCAGCUUCACCUGUCGUUUUGGGACUCGCCCAUCAUGUUGAAGAUUCUAGGCGCAGGUCUCCUGUCCUUGCAGCUAGUCACGCCGUCCUCGGCUACGCUGCUUUACGUAUCGUCCUAUGCCGGCACGAUCACGACACUAAACCUGACUGUGCCUAGUGGGGAUACCUCGAGCGCCUCUAUUGACACCAUCUCAACGUCGACUAGAUGUGCCUCCAGCCCAUCAUGGUUGACCCUGGAUUACCCCAAAUCGCUGCUCUACUGUACGAAUGAGGGGUUCACCACGCCCGGAUCUAUAUCAUCGUUCAAGACCAAUAAUGAUGGAAGUUUGGUUCAACUUGAUCAGCUUGAUGUAAUUCUAGGCCCAGUCAGUGCCGUCGUCUUCGGAGAGGGGGGCCACGGUCUAGCUCUGGCACACUAUUCUGGAUCGUCUUUCAGUACUUUUUCUACAGCCGACCCGUCUGCACUUGCCCCAUUGCAGAACCAGACUUACACGCUUUCACAGCCGGGUCCCAACGCGACUCGGCAGGAUGCACCACACCCACACCAAGCCCUGCUUGAUCCCACCGGACAAUAUAUCCUUGUGCCGGAUCUUGGUGCUGACCUGGUGCGAGUCUUUCGGGUAGACAAGGGCGGCGUCACCUGGACAGCAGUCGAUCCUCUCGUAGCCGCUCCCGGCUCUGGGCCGAGACAUGCAGCCUUCCUGAGAACUGAGAGCCACACACUCAUGUACCUGAUCAGCGAGCUGGCCAAUACCAUCACGGGCUACGAGGUCUUGUACAAUAGCAACUCGACCCUGGGCUUCACGAAAUUAUUUGUUACCAGCACGCACGGCGAAGGGAAAUCUGUCCCAGAUGGAACCUCAGCCGCUGAGAUUACACUGACACCGGACGAGAAAUUCCUCGUCGUAUCCUCCCGCGGAGAAAACUCAUUCACAAUUCCGAACUUUGAUUCAAGCAACAGCACUGAGAUCGUUUCGGACGCCCUCAUUAGCUUCUCCGUAGAUCAUACGAGCGGAAACCUGACGCACGUGCAGUCUUACCCUUCCGGUGGACGCUUUCCACGCCAGUUCUCGGUAAACAAGGCAGGAAACCUGGUUGCGGUGGGUCUGCAGUCAGACAGUCGCGUUGUCAUCAUUGAGCGAGAUGUGAAAACUGGUGUGCUUAAGCGGUUCCUCGCCAAUACUACCGUGGCAGGGGAGGUGACUGCAGUCAUCUUCAAUGAAUAG